UGUUUGUUCAUUUGCUUGGAGAAUUGAUGCUUUUUGAUAAAUUGUUGUGAUAUAUGUUCUAUGUGCAAUAUAUAUCAAUAAUUCUAUUAAAAUUAAACAUUUCAUCUAAAGAACGAAAAUUAUUCUUCAAUUGUUUUUUACUGAUUUACAUUUUCUUAUUAUUUUUUGAUCAACAAUGACAUCGAUCAUCAAAUUGGAUUCAUCACCAUCCCAGCAUCGAAAACAUUAUAGCACAUACCAUCCUGAUCGUAAUAAUUAUCAGAAACUUUCCAACUGUACAACCACCACUGGUAAUGUUCAUGUUGAUGGUCUAUCCACCUGGUCUAAUAAUCGUCAUAGGCAAUCAUAUGAUAAUGGUUAUAAAUCAUAUUUGUCAUCCAAUUCAUCCAAACAAUCCGAUUCGAUUGCAACUCAUCUUACAUCGCCAGAAUUAUCACGAAAUAAUAUUCAAAAACAUUACCUGAUCAAUUCACAUCCAACCAUUAACGAUUCUAACAAAAUGCCAUUCGAUGGUAUCGAUGCCGUUAUCGAAGAACGGACAUCCUCAUCAUUGAAUCCGAUGGAAACGUCCAAUGACCAUUAUUAUCCAAUAUCACAAUGUUUGAGUCACAGCGAAUCGAAUGUUUCUACAUCAUUCCAAUUUUCGAAUCGUUCCUGUAAUAAAUAUGGAUUUUUUCUGGACAAUAAUUCCGAAGAAGAUUAUGAAACACCAUCAGUACAAGAUUUGAAAGAAAUACGAAUCAAAGAACGUAAAUGGCUUCAGAUGCUAAACAAUUGGCGUUAUUAUAUCAAUUUUAAAUGGGAUAAAAUUCGUGAUCGUUGUCGGAAAGGAAUACCACAUUCACUGCGGUCUCAAGCUUGGUUUCAUCUUUGUGGUGCACAUUUGCAGAAGAAUCGUUUUCCAAAUUUAUAUGGCGAAUUACUUGAAAAAAACAUUCCUAGCGAUGUACAAGAUGAUAUCUGUAAAGAUUUGCAUCGACAAUUUCCCAAUCAUGAAAUGUUUGCCGAUCCCAGUGGUGUUGGACAAACCGAUCUCUAUAAUGUUCUGAAAGCAUUUGCCGCUUACCGUCCAAACAUGGGCUAUUGCCAAGCACAGGCACCGAUUGCGGCUGUUUUUCUUAUGCAUAUGCCUGCUGAACGUGCAUUUUGGUGUCUGGUUGCGCUAAGUAAAUAUUACAUAAGCGGUUAUUUUAUGCAUAAUCUUGAAGAUAUCCGCAUACAUGGUCAGAUGCUGGUCGCUUUUCUCAAGAAAUAUUGUCCAUCUGCUUACAACUUGUUGAAUCGACAAAAUAUCGAACCAGAAAUCUAUAUGACCGAAUGGUUUAUGUGCAUUUAUUCCAGAAAUAUUCCUUGGCCUUCUGUCUUGAGAGUAUGGGAUAUGUUUCUUUGUGAAGGUCUAACAAUAUUAUUCAAAGUUGGCUUAUAUUUGGUGGAUAUUGCGUUGAAACAUGAAACGAUGAAAACAUGUCCCACAAUGUAUGAAACAUGUCAAAAAUUACGAAAUAUUCCAAAAUUAUUGUUGACCGAAGAUUCUUUGAUACGUGGAAUCAAAAGGUUCGAACUAAGAGACAUUGAUCUACUCAAAGAACAUAAAAUACAGAUGAAAAAAUUUCAUAAAUCUAAAAAACAACAAAAGUGAUUUUCUUUAUUUUUAACUCAAUACACAUAACUACCUACUUAAUCAAAGAAUGAAUUGUUUUUUUUUUGUUUUUGCCUGUGCAAUUUAUUUGAAUUAUUUUAU